CUAUGCAGCGGGUGAUGCUAGCUCCAUAAAAACCUACCGCCCUCACUGCCCACAUUCCAGCGAUGAAACACCUUACCUAGGUAAAGACAUGCUUUCAUGCACACACUUUCUCUAAAGCGUUUGUUGCAGUCAUAUACACUCUACAAACGCAGUUCGAGGUGGCUGUGCGCAUGUUAAGCAGGCAAUACCUACUUUCUGUCCUGCGCCUCCUCUUUUACUCUUGUACAAACCACAACGCCUGACUGUCACUGUAGCUCACACCUUUGUACCCUUCUUGGUUCGCAGUCAUGGGCGGUCUGGCGUUCGCAACUGUCACAUCCGGCAACGGGCAGCCACCUCACAUCCCUCGUAUGCCGCCAGAGCUAUACAAGGCGAUCUCAGCAGAAUGUCAAGCAAAGCUGAAGAAGCUCUUCAACCAUGUCGUCAUCCCUCGCGACGCUCCAGCGAAAGUAGAUCACGGCGAUGUCGAUUUCCUGGUCGAAGGCAUACUACCUCACACCUUGAGAAGCGAUAUCUGGACAGCCACCAAGAACAUCAUCGGUGCCGAGUUACAUCUGCCCCGCGGUGACUCUCACUCCUACGCUAUUCCCCACCCAGAAAUUCCGGAUGCAUACGUACAAGUAGAUGUAGAACUCUCGCCUGGAAACGAUACGCCUGAAGGAGCAGAGCUCUUUGAGUGGACAAGAUUCAUGAAGGGUGACUCGGACCUGCUGCAAGUUAUUGGCGUCUCUCAUCGACCCCUCGGGCUGACUUGCAAUGAUCGUGGUCUACACGUCCGAGUUGAGGAAAUUGAACCGUACAACAAGAAGAAAGCGCUCGUCUUCUUAACAAGAGAUCCGAACAAAGCCAUGGAGUUCUACGGCUUCGAUGUGAGUAAAUACUGGGCUGGCUUCACAGACGAAAAGGACCUGUUCGAUUGGGCUUCCAGCGGAAGGUUCUUCUCUCACGAUAUUUUCGAAAGUCGCGUUGAGAAGUCAAACGAUCGAUCACGGCAAACAAAGCGGCCCAUGUACCGACGUUUCGUAGAACAGUACAUGGCCACACAUCCAGAUCAAGGCAACAAUAAUGCAUGGACCCGCCAGCAGGUUCUCCACGAAGCCCUUACCUACUUCAACAAGCACUCCGAAUAUGACGCUAUGAUGGAGGAGCAUCGUAGCAAAGAAGCUGAAGAGCAGCUGUGGAAAGACAUUCGAGCAAUCCUGCCCGUUGAGGGCAACUCAUUGGCGCUGACUUUGAAAGGUUUGCGGCGCUGGGUGGUCUUCCAGAACGGCGAGCCGCAAAUCACAUCCGAACCCAACUUGGAAGAGUACCAGUGGUGGGUCAAGCACAUAUCAGAAGAAGAUAAGGGUAAAAUCAUAGCCUGGGUAAAGGGCAAUUGGGAAGAGGUGAAGGCCCUAGAAAAAGCGCGAGCGCGAGCUGCAAAGGAAGGUGCAAAGACGAAAUCGCAAUAGAAAGGCAAUAUCUCAGUUCCUUUCAAGGUACACAGUAGAGCCAAGAAGUACUCGUGAUUUACGGUAUGCCAUAUCAAGCCAAACUGUCUAGAGAAUGACGCAACGUGUAUGUACCUAGGUAGUAGAUCGCGUGGAGUUGCUUUGGCAAACACCAACCGCAUCCGCACAUGGAGGCGAGGAUCAGAGCUUUUCUUCCAAUGUGAGUGACGUAAUGGUCCCGACCCUUCCCGUAAAUUAGAAUUUACAGGCCCU